AAGCUCUUCCGGAUUAAGCUUUCUUUCUCCCCUCCUCAGCCUGACCUUGCGGCUUUAGUCGACGGCGUUUGGAGUCGCGGUCGGUUGUGUGGCAGCCAUGGUGGCGUAUUGGAGGCAGGCCGGGCUCAGCUACAUCCGAUACUCACAAAUCUGCGCCAAGGCAGUAAGAGAUGCACUGAAACCACAAUUUAAAGCAGAGGCAGAGAAAACAGCAGGAGCCAAUGUAAAAAUAGUGAAACCUAAAAAAGAAUGAUGUUGAAGGUCUGAUCUUCUAGCAGGCAAAAUGACAGCUGGUGGUUAUGCACCUAGACACAACUGCUUCGUGCUCCCUGAUGUUUAUCUGUAAAUGUGUAAAUCAGCAUGCCAAUAAAUGGAACGUUAUGAA